AUGCCAGGUAUAAGAGGGGCAUCCAUCCUUCUAAUAGACAGACACCUUACUACUAUUAACCUAUCUAUCUAUUCUCCUCUCUCUCUCUCUCUCUCUCUCUCUCUCUCUCUCUCUCUCUCUCUCUCUCUCUCUCUCUCUCUCUCUCUCUCUCUCUCUCUCUCUCCCUCUCUUGUUCCUGAUGUGCCUGCUAAACGAGAUGCUUCGAUACCUAUACUGGAACAAAAUGGUGACCUAACCAGGGGUAAUCGAUCGUGUCCCCAGUAGCAUUUAAGUCCUGACACUGUGCCGCCAGCUCUUUCUACGUCUGCAAGGACCCUGUCUAGUUGCUGGAUGUGCUUAAGCACAUAUCGCCUAACACCAGGUAAAGCCUCCUUGCCAUUAUAA